AUGGUGCAGCUGUACAAUCUGCACCCGUUCGGCUCCCAGCAGGUGGUGCCCACUGGCCAGGAGCCCGCGCUCUUCUGCUGCGGGAGGGAUGCCCUCCUGGUGGCCUGCGUCCCGGGCGCCUGCAAGGUGGAGGCGUUUGCCGCCGGCCGCCCGGAACUCUGCGAGCCGCUCGGCUCUUUCAAUACCCUGGGCCGGGUGCUGCGCAUGGCGUACGGAGAAGUGGGAGACUAUGUGGCCACUAUUGAAGAGAAAAACAAGGCCCUCUUCUUGCGUGUGUACGUAAACUGGCAAUGCAUGUCAACAGGGAGCUCACGUGUGUGUGUGCGGAUGGUGGGACAUAACCUGGAAGCAGCCUAUACUGAAGCAUCUAAAGACCAGAUGUCCAUUAUAGAAUUACCUCUUUCAGACCCCCCUUUAUGUUUCUCAUGUUGCCCUUUAACGGGGGACCUCCUUGUUGGCUGCAAGAAUAAAUUGAUCUUGUUCUGCUUGAAGAAGGUGGCUGUGAGUCGCACUGUGACUCUGCUGGAUUUUGAACUAUCCUUAAUCAUGCAUAUAAAGAACUUCACCCCAGCAGAAAUUGCAUUUUGUGCUGGAUAUGUAGCGAUAACAUUUGAACUGGAAGUCCUAAUCUUCAAGCUGGAAACCAGUGAGAAGGCGGCUGCUAAUAGUAGGAGGCAAACCUAUGAGUCCAUAGUGCCUGAACAGUUGGUUAACGAAGGUGUAAAACCUGAAGAGGAUUCAGCUCCCCUUGAGUCAGAGGACUUCGUUAUUUGUCAACAACCUGUGGAGCUCCUUGGGGACCAAAGUAAGCAGUGUGGAAUAGCAGUUACUCUGGAGUCCACAGGCUUAAUCAAUGAAGAUUCAAAUUUCCAAAUGCAAUAUGUCCUGUACAGACGGUUUGCCCUAGAUAUGUCCACAUUCCUCUUCUCUGCUGAAGAUGCCAAACUGCACUCUCUUCAGCUGCUACCCAUGUAUGAAACAGGGAAAUCUGACCAAGGAGAUUCAACGAAGCGAGAGCUCAUGAGUCUGUUCUGCUUUUUCUCCCUGCCUCACAUUGGAUACCUAUAUAAAGUUGGUGGUAACUUAGUAGAGCUGAUUUCUACAUACCAGUAUUCAGAGAAAUCCCAGCAGGCAGUACUUACUCCUCAAUUUCUACAUGUCAUCACAAGCAACAACUUGCAGUGCUUCACAGUAAGAUGCAGUGCAGCAGCAGCUCGUGAUGAAGAUCCUUAUAUUGAUACAACGCUGAAGGCUUGUCCUCCUGUUUCGCUGGAUGUCUGUGCCUUGAGAAUUCAGCUUUUUAUAGGACUGAAGGCGAUCUCCCACUUCAAGAACCGUAUCAUAAUUUUGACAAAAGCAGAUACAGAAGAUACUACAGAGAGAAAAAAGCCUUCCAGAAGACUUCUUUCCCGAAAGGCUGACAGCAUCAAGCCCAAGGUUCCUUCAGAAGCUAACCCUAGCUGGAAUCUAUACAUCAUCAACACAGCUUCAACUCUCCAGCUCUAUCGAGAAAUGGUAGAAUACAGCAAGGCUUAUGAAAAUAUUAAAACGGAGAGUUGCAUCCACCUUCUAAGCGAAGCUCACUUAUUAGUCAGAACAGCCUUAAUGGACCCUGAUCUGAAAGAAUCAGAAGAGAAGGAGGACCUCCUAGCAGCAUUUCGGGAAAGCUGUGCUCUCCUAGGCGACUGUUACAGCAGGUUUGACACCAAAGACUUCCACCUGGCACUGCCUUACUACAAGAUGUCUGGUCUCUCCAUAACGGAUGUCCUGAAGCGAAUGGGUUCAACACUUGAAGAUAAAACACAGAAGUUUGAAAAGGGGCUUAUCUUUUACUUGCAUAAUUCCCUUUAUGAAGACAUAGAUGAGGAGCUGAAUGAAGAAAUGGCAGCUAAAGUGCUCCAAAUAGUCCACCUUGCAGAGCCAAACCAACUGCCACAUGUCAUUUGCAGUCCUUGCCUCGGGAGCCUGUGUCCUAAGCUGGCAAUCAAGUAUCUGACGAUGGUGGAAACAGCUGUGCCAUCCAUUGUAGUAACUCUAAGCAAGGCAUCUAUGUUUCUGAAGAUGGGAGAUCAGGAUGGAUGUAAAAAGGAACUGGACAACUAUGCUGAGAUGAUGCUUGCGUGUGGCUUUAUUGCGGAGCCAAGACUUCUAAGACAGCAAAUUAAAGGGCAGAUUAUUCCGACUGCCCUUGCAGUAUACCUCUGUGAGACGAGACCUGGAUUCCUCGUGGCUUCAGUAUUAGCUUUACAUGAGAACAAUAAAAUGGAGUUUGAGGAAGCGGACUCCUUUAUCAAGAUGCUGAGUGCCAAAGAUGAAGAUACUGUUCCCCAGCUCUUAGUGGACUUCUGGGAAGCUCUCCUUGUAGCUUGUGGCCAGCAAGGUGUUGUUCAGGAGCUUCAUUUUAAACUUGCUACACAGUAUAUCUGGAGGCUGUCCAGGAAACAGAUGCCUGAUACUAAGCCACUAAAAACCACUGAGGACCUGAUAAAUUCUUGUUGUCAUUAUGGACUAAUUUUUCCUUGGGUUAUAUUCAUGAUGUCAUUAGCAUCUCCUUCUGAUCACAUUGAUUCUGAUGACUUGUCAAAAUUACAAUCUCUUUUAUGUGGUCCAUCCUUCAAUAUAUCUUCUAUCCUGCCAUUCUUGGAAAUGCUUUCGGAAGAUACUAUUUUUGGUCUGAGCAUCCAUAUUCUUUGCAGUACACGAUUAGGACAGCAUGAGAGAAGCAUUGACAAACUUUUGGAGAAGUGCCCUGAAGCAGUCAUACCCUAUGCCCAGCAUGAGUUGAAAGAUGAACAUCAGGCUCUGUGGUGGAACAAACUCCUUCCUGAGCUCUGCCAAAGAACCAGACAUGCUGGAUAUAACUAUCCUGUAUUCCUGUCAUCCCUACAAGAAACAUUGAAUGUCAUCGCCAUGGAACUGGAGCUGAGGGACUUCGUUAAUGUUUUACCAGAAGAUGGGAACGUUGCUUUUUUCCUCCCGCACCUGCUUCAGUGCAGCAGAAGGAGGCUAGUGACCUAACCACACCCAGAAACCAUGCAUCAUCUUCACAACCCACCAUUUGGGAGAGGAAUUGUUCAUAUGAUUGGACCCAACCUCAUCAAAAAACAAUGAAUUUGGAACAUUAGGGGUUUUGUUCUCCUAGCAUAUUCCCGUGUGUAUGGGAAGAGUAGAGUUUCAUGGCAUACGGCCUGAGUCCAUUUUAAAGAUAACUCUAAAACUUUGUACAGAACAUCUACAACUUUUAUUGCCUUGUGGCAACCUUACAGUUGCUAAAAUACUUGUGUUGCAAGUGAACUCAAGGGAAACCAUUCUUAGGAAGGGGGACCAAAUGCUGUACUAGGUAAACAUGCCAAGGAUACUCUUGCUGUGGAUACAGAUCACAUUUUUUUUAAACUGUGUGCUGGUGUUUCAGUAUCAAUCCAAACAUAAAUUAUCUGAUAGUCAUCCAGAGAAACAUUUAACUGUCCCUGCAUCUGGCAAUACAAGGGAGAAAAACGUCUUGUACAAUUUGGAUUCGCUUUUGCAAAGCCGAAGCAAAGAGUGUCUAUUGUAGCCCACUUAUUCUUCAAGACCUAAAUUUCUUCAGUUGGCCUCUGCCUCAAAACUUGACUGCAACCAGGUGGUGGAGCUGUUUUAUAAGCUGGGGCCCUGUAUUAUUACAGACUUUCUGUACCAAUGACAACAAAUGCUGUUGUUUAAUCUGUGUUUAAUUUCUUUAAAAAAAAAUCUUUACCAGAAGAGCUGUAAAAUGAUUAAGACAAAAAGACUAGUUAUUUCUGUGACUUAGCUAGAUUCCUUUUGUCUGGAAAUUCUGUUUUUUGUUGUGAUCACCAGGGAUUAAAAUAUGUCACUUGGAAAUAGAUGAUCGUUUUUUCCCCAAAGCCAUUCAGUGAUGGGAGUUUAACUUCUGUAUCACCUUCACUUCUCCUCUAUAAAUAAUAAAAAUACAGUUGAAGUAGGACUG